UUAAAUAAAUUCACGAGUAACAAUUCAUUACCCUAUCUGUCUUCAUUCAUAGCUCAUAACAUAAUUACAAGGCUAAGACCAUACUUCCUUAUUUACAAGCUUAUGUUCGGACUUGGAGCCACUACCUACGGCCAUGACUCAAGUCUACCUUAUUUAGCACCUUAUGACACAACACAACCUGAUGACCAACGAAGGAGUUCUCCGCUGGGUGGGUGGUACCCCUGUCCCCUUCGGAACGACAGUUCUUGGAUCCCGUACGUACGUUUUAACCCGCAGCCGUCGGAUAUCAGAUCCGCAGGGCUGAUCCUAUCUAUUGACAUUUAUACUUACAAUUGUACUAAAGCAGUCCUAGAGUUCCUCUAGACUUAUUCCAACAUAAAUCUCUAUUUCUUAUUUACUUCCAAAUUACAACAUGAUUACAUUUAAUUAACACAAGAGGGGUAACAAUGAUCAGAUAACCAAUCAUAUAACUCAACUAGUGGCCUAGUGGCGGGUGUAACCACCUUCCACUUACCGUCAUGCAAAUCACACAAUUUAGAGUAAGAAUACAUACCUGGUCAUCCUCGUUCAAUCAAUUCCAAUAUUAUCAUAAGAUAUAAAUAAAUCACAAUUCAAUUA